GUGUGAUUUGUUGUAGUUCUGGGCGUGCAUGCGGCCCAGCCUGCCUUUUCCUCCCUCAUCCUGCCCCCGCGUUUCCUGAUGCCCCCAGUAUCCGUUAGGGUGUGGGUACCUUAUUUCCCCUGAAGAGGGAACUAGAGGGAUGGACCCCUGCGGCCUCCUCAGCCAUCCAGUGCCCAUUCCCCCAUCCCCUGACAUCCCCCGAGAGAUUCGGGGUGCCGGUCCCCAAGGGGACACUGUCCUACAUCAUUUGGACACCCCCAUCCUAGCGCCUUUGCAGCCUGUGUCCUGGCACGCAAGGGACCGAGGAUGGGUUUGCCUGAUGGAGCUUUUUUAAGUCCUUUUGUGAUUGAGCAGAGGGAUGAAGCAUUGUGGGGGCUAGGAAGAAAGAACGAGAACGAGCUGCGCCGGCCCUUCGGGCCUCGUUCCUGCCCCCUCCCCUCGGCUUGCUGUCCAGGGGUUGCCGGGUUCGGUGGGUCCCGCGCUGCGACCCUUUUAAGAGAGGCCCCGCCCAUGCGCAGGGGGCGGAGCCGGGCGCCGAGGCAGGAACAAAGCGCGGCCUGCGAGCGGCGGCGGGGCUCGGCCGGCGGGGCCGCGGGGUGCGGGGCCGCGGGCCCCGGCUGGUCGUCGGGGGCGGGGAAGGGCAGCGCUGUCCACGGCGGGCGGGCCAUGAAUGGGCUGCCCGCGGCCGAGGCUCCCGGCGGCGCGGGCUGUGCCCUGGCCGGGCUCCCGCCCUUGCCGCGCGGCCUCAGCGGGCUGCUCAACGCCAGCGGCGGCUCGUGGCGGGAGCUGGAACGCGUCUACAGCCAGCGCAGCCGCAUCCACGACGAGCUGAGCCGCGCCGCCCGCGCCCCGGACGGGCCCCGCCACGCCGCCGCCAGCGCGGGCCCCGCCGCCGGCGCGUCCGGCCCGCGGCGCCAGGUCAACCUGGACUCGGCACUAGCGGCGCUGCGCAAGGAGAUGGUGGGGCUGCGACAGCUGGACAUGUCUCUGCUGUGCCAGCUGUGGGGCCUGUACGAAUCGAUCCAGGACUACAAGCACCUGUGCCAGGACCUGAGCCUGUGCCAGGACCUGUCAUCCUCGCUACACUCGGACAGCUCGUACCCCCCGGAUGCCGGCCUUUCUGAUGACGAGGAUCCACCCGAUGCCAGUCUGCCGCCCGACCCGCCGCCCCUCACGGUGCCCCAGACGCACAAUGCCCGGGACCAGUGGCUGCAGGAAGCCUUCCACAUCAGUCUGUGAUGCCACCAGGACGGGUCGCCUGCACACGGAAAGAUAGUGCCCGCUUCCCUGCACGUGCUCACCCACUGCACAGCCCUGGGGCAAAACCACCAACCCCCUCUCCUGCGAGUGGGCUGGCACUAGGGCUGGCACCUCGGCUCCAGACUCAGCACUGGACUCCCACUUGUCCCACACGUGUGCACCCCACUUUGGCUAGCCACAGUCUGCCAGUGGAGCCCAAGAGAUCUUGCUCCCCCCCCCUCCGCACCCUGGGAUUGGGGCGAGUGCCCAGCUCGGGGCCCUCCUCCUGCUCUUGUCGCUAUUGGCAGCUGCUGGCAGGGCUCUACCACCUCUGGCCCUCAAGUGUCCCUGGGGACCCCUCCUGCACACCCUCCCACGGCCAGCCGGCCAUGGCCCCUUGCUGGAUGUUUAGGUGUCCGUCCUCCAGGGCUGGGUGAAUAAAUAAUUAAUAAUAAA